GUAAUGGCUGCCUCCCAUCGGCAGCACUGUUUAUUGAUCUCCGGCACAUGGAGAGCGUAAACAAUUCUUCCUCCGUGCUUCGGCAUACGGGCCGGGCCUCGAUCAAGAUCGCCAAAUGGAAGAUCGAGGCGGGCAGCCGCAUUUCCCAAGGCACCGGCAUCCUUCUCUACCACAAGAGCGGCGCCGAAAACGCCGACGCGCAGCAGCAGUUGUGCAAACUCAAGUCCGAAUGCGACGGCACCGUCGACACGAUUGUGGCCCAAGAAGGCGACGUCGUAAAGCCCGGGGACGUGUUGUUGAAGCUGGCUCUUUGUACGCACCCCGUCGUCAUGAAGGACCUCUGUGCUGAAUGCGGGGCCGACCUGAGAGAGCUAGGAGAGACGCUGCCGACUGCUGCCGACGUCGCCUCAGUCAGCAUGAUUCACAAUGUACCUGAACUUCGUGUCACACAGGAGCAAGCUCGUCAGCUGGGCAAAGCCGAUGAAGAGAGGCUGCGCAGCCUACGCAAGCUCGUCCUUCUGGUGGACCUCGACCAGACACUCAUCCACACCACAAGCAAUUACGUCCCGCCGGACAUGAAGGGCGUGCACCACUUCCAGCUGUGCGGACCCCAGUCGCCCUGGUACCACACCCGGGUGAGGCCACGGACGCAGCACUUCCUGGAGCAGGUGUCGCAGCUGUAUGAGCUGCACAUCUGCACCUUCGGGGCGAGGCCUUACGCGCACGCCAUCGCCGCCCUGCUGGAUCCCGAUGGGCGGUACUUCUCGCACCGGAUCCUCUCGCGAGACGAAUGCUUCAACCCCACGUCUAAAACUGGAAAUCUCAGAGCGCUGUUUCCUUGUGGCGACUCCAUGGUGUGCAUCAUAGAUGACCGCGAGGACGUGUGGAACUUUGCGCCCAACAUGGUGCCGGUGAAGCCGUACCUGUUCUUCGACAAGACGGGCGACAUAAAUGCACCGCCAUGUGCCCAACCAGAGUCCACUUUCUUCCCCACACCGGAAGACAUUGCAGGGGCUCCCAGAAGAGAAAAGCCAGUGGAAAGUAACGGCACAACUGAAAAGUCCGAGGCAGCCGGAGGAGACGCUGCUGUCUCGAAGGGCGAGGAAGGCACUGCCGAGGAUCCGGCUCAGAAGGAAGACUCUCCGAGCCAAAGCAGCGAUCCCGAUGGCAGUCCUGGCUCCCCCAGUGAAACGCUGACCGAGCCAUCCGGUGAUAAAGACCAGAGGCCGGACGUCGCAGAAGGUGCAGAGGCGUCAGCCAAAGAGUGUGAGGAAGCAUCCACAGCCGACGAUGUGAUCCGGGAGAAAGACACGGAAAAACCGAAGGAAAGUAACGGUACCGAGUCCAAUCCUCCAUCUGUUGCACCUGGAGAGCCACCUGGGGGCAGUGACCAGAAACGAGACGGCACGGAAGAGACCAUGGAUGUGGAGGCUCAUGGCAGCAAAGAAACUGCAGACAGUAGCGAGGCUGGUCAAGAGAACGUGGCUAGCACGAGGAGCGUGUCCGGUGAUGAAACUCCUGUUCUUUCAUCAGCACCGUCCACCGAUGAGCCGGUGAUGAAACACCAGGAGGAGCUGAGUGUGACAGAUGACGCCACUUGUGCCACCGAGUCGUCUGUCGCAACAACAGGCAACUCAGAUGGCAAGGAGGAUGCAACGGCAGACGAAUCGGUCAUCAGGGAAGACUCAGUGGCAACGGGUAGCCCCGACGCCGUGUCCGAUUCUCCGCCCUCUGCUACUCCGGAGCGACCCGGUAGCCCCGACGGAAGUUUGGGAGACAAGAGCCCCGAGAAGCAGCGUGACGAUGACGAGGACUCCGACGACUACCUUCUGUACCUGGAAGAGAUACUGCGAACUAUCCACUGUGCCUACUAUGCCAUCUAUGACCAGAUGACAUCUGAGGAAGGGGGCCGCAUACCCGACCUCAAGCACGUUGUCCCCUAUGUGCGCCGGAAGGUUCUCAAGGGAGUGCACAUUGUGUUCUCUGGAGUGGUCCCCAUGAAUCAGCCUGCCGAAAAGAGCCGUGCAUGGCAAGUUGCGAAAUCUUUAGGCGCUACCGUGUCACGUGACCUCUGCCCCGGUGUGACCCAUCUCGUGGCAGCGAGGCUUGGUACAGCAAAGGUGAACAAGGCUCGCCGCAUGCCCGGUGUUCACGUCGUGCACCCGUCGUGGCUGUGGUGCUGUGCCGAGCGUUGGGAGCACGUCGCUGAGGCCCUCUUUCCCCUUCGGCCGCCCAGUCGAGACGGCGCCUCCGAUAGACGGCCCCUGCAGGCCACCAUCAGCCAGCAUCCCAAGGAGCCUGUGGCUGAAGUAGCCCUGCUGCACGACAAGCAAGUUGAGCAGCCGGCCGAAUCUCCCGUGUAUGACGCGGUGACCGGGAAGAGGAUAUGGCGGGACAGGGAGCGCACCGCGGGCUCUGGGCCACAGGCGGCAGCAGCCGGCAGCUCACCGACGCUGGCGGCCUCGGAAGAGUGGACCUGCACAGCGUCAUCCAGCAAAAACGACCACCCGCAACUCGACGAAAAGGCAAAUCCGUACCUGAGCAUGUCGUCAGAGCAACUUCUGGAGAUGGACCGCGAAGUUGAGGACGAAUGCAGCGGCGACGAUGAUGACGACGUAGAACAGAGCAAAGAGAACGCGGAAAAGACGCAAGACGAAGAGUCGAGCCAGGACUCUUGCAUGCUGGGUGGUACUACAAAGAAUAACUCAGAGACCGAGUCGUCAGCGGAGUCGCUCUCGGGGGGCGAGUGUCCGCGCGGAUGGAGCAAGCGACGGCGCCGGAAAAGAGGGCGCGAAUGUCUGACUGAAGAUGAGGAAGCAUCGCAACCACCAAAGUUUCCGAGGAGUGAACUGCCGGAGGACAGUGAUCGGUCAAACACAGAGAGGUCCACAGACGAGUGGUCAAACGGUUCAGUCGGGUCGGUCGAUGAGGAGAUGGCCGCAGCAGUGGAAAGGGAAUUUCUGGGUCUUUGAGACCUUUGUGACAAUGCAACUGCAUGUAUCUUUGGCGCCUGCUUGUGAUGUGAUUAUGCCGUAG